AUGAGUUCCAUAUGGAAGAGCGUCUUCAACAAGUCACAGCUGUGUGUCUCGACCAUCGCAGCAGCUCCUCCACCCUGUAGGCUGCUCCACAUAGGCCAGCGCGCCUCCCUCACCAAAGCCUUCUCCACCCAGGAUCUGGAGCUGUUUGCCGCACUGACGGGUGACACCAACCCCCUCCACCUUGACCCGGCCUACGCCAAGACCACCUCCUUCGAGGCGCCCAUCGUGCACGGCGUCCUCAUCAAUGGCCUGAUCUCGGCUGUGCUCGGCACCAGAAUGCCCGGCCCGGGCUGCGUCUUCCUGCACCAGGAGAUCCGCUUCCCAGCGCCUCUGUAUAUUGGCGAGGAGGUGCUGGCCGAAGCCGAGGUCGUCAAGAUCAAGAUGUCUUUCGCCUUGAUUGCGGUGACAUGCUCGGUACAGGACAAGGUGGUGAUGCAGGGGGAUGUGAUGGUGAUGAUGCCAGAGGAUCAGCAGAAGAAGGGUUGAGAUGAGGUCAGAGGUCACAGGAGGCUGACAGUGAACAGUUCAGAUGAUGUGAUAUCAAAAUGGCUGCGGCUCAGCAUCUCCCGGAAUCAAGUUGGUUCUGGCAUGAAGCAACUUUUCUAUACAGUGGAAUAUUCACAUUGAAGAUUUCACCCUUCUGUUUCUCUUUAUCCCUGAUGUUCUUGAACCAUGACAAGAAGAACACUGAGCAGAUCACAGACACUGAUGACUAUUUAGAAUGCAGUGUUUAUUACUUUGUUGGCUCUGCUCUGCAUUUUGUUUAAAGUAAGAAACUUUUGUGUGGAAUAAAACUGUGAAGUUAUCGUUG